UUGGUUACAAUUCGAAUCAAGCUGCGUACAGCCCUAGUUUUAGGGGUUUAAAGCAUCAUAAAACAUUCACAUUCUGCAGCUUCAACGUUUUUCACUCUCUACCCUCCAUUAUACUCUUAGCGCCUCCGACGAACCAAUCUACAUUCUGCAACUUCGAGUUGCUAUCCCAUUGGAAGGAAGAUGCCUCCAAAGUCCGCCAAAUCGAAAGAUGCCCCAGCCGAGCGACCCAUUCUUGGCCGAUUUUCUUCUCACCUUAAGAUGGGAAUUGUUGGGCUGCCAAAUGUUGGCAAGUCGACUCUUUUCAAUACGCUUACAAAACUGGCAAUUCCAGCCGAAAAUUUUCCAUUUUGUACCAUUGAACCUAAUGAAGCCCGUGUUAAUAUUCCCGAUGAACGAUUUGAUUGGCUUGUGCAAUUGUUCAAGCCUAAGAGUGAGGUAUCAGCAUUUUUGGAAAUUCAUGACAUAGCCGGACUUGUUCGAGGUGCCCAUCAAGGAGAAGGGUUGGGAAACAAUUUCUUAUCCCAUAUUCGUGCGGUGGAUGGAAUUUUUCAUGUUCUACGUGCAUUCGAUGAUCCUGAUAUAAUUCAUGUUGAUGAUAUUGUGGAUCCUGUGAGAGACUUGGAGACCAUAAGCGAAGAACUAAGGCUGAAGGAUAUUGAAUUCGUGGAAAGAAAGAUUGAGGAUCUUGAGAAAAGCAUGAAGAGGAGCACUGACAAGCAGAUAAAAUUGGAGCAUGAAAUCUGUAUGAAGAUUAAAGCAUGGCUUCUUGAAGGGAAAGAUAUUCGUUUAGGGGACUGGAAAAUUGCUGAUGUUGAGGUCCUGAAUACUUUUCAGUUGCUUACUGCAAAGCCUGUUGUUUAUUUGGUUAAUAUGACCGAGAAAGAUUACCAAAGAAAAAAGAACAAGUUUCUCCCAAAAAUUCAUGCCUGGGUGCAAGAACAUGGAGGUGAACCAAUUAUCCCGUUCAGUGGCAUUUUUGAGAAAAAUCUUUGUGACAUGCCAGAAGAUGAAGCUGCUAAAUACUGUGAAACAAACAUGGUUCAGAGUGCUAUUCCAAAGAUUAUUAAGACUGGGUUCACGGCUAUUAAUCUGAUUUACUUCUUUACUGCAGGCCCAGAUGAGGUAAAGUGUUGGCAAAUUAGAAGGCAAUCAAAGGCUCCUCAAGCUGCGGGGGCAAUCCAUACUGAUUUUGAGAGAGGAUUUAUUUGUGCUGAGGUCAUGAAAUUUGAGGAUCUAAAGGAACUUGGCAGUGAGUCAGCUGUAAAGGCCGCCGGGAAGUAUAGACAGGAGGGUAAGACAUACGUGGUUCAAGAUGGUGAUAUAAUCUUUUUCAAGUUCAAUGUUUCUGGUGGCGGAAAGAAGUAAGCUGUGAUUGCUAUAAUCUUUAGAGAGAAGAGAGAAUGUGCGAAUCACUUGGUUGUGAUACAAACUGGUUUAUCAUGGCACUAAUUUGUUUAUGCAACAAAUCCUGAUAUGCAUAAGUAAAAUUACCUGGCACAUUAUAGGUUUUUUUUUUUUUUUUAAUCGUUCACGAUCUGUUCAUUUUACUACCUAUGCUGAGGUGGGCGGAUUUGCUUUGUGACAUAAAUUAUUAGAAGACAAAUUAUUGUUUCUGAAUGGAAAUGGUUUGAGAAGAUUGUGGCCAUAGAAGUCUGUUAGUGUCUGAUUUUGAUCAAUAUCAGGUAUAACUAAACUUUCUCUGGCUACUAUCGUGGACCACAAUUAACAUUUUUCUAUUUGUUCAGGGUUGGAAGGUUUAUUGGCCAAAUAUAAUGCUCCCUCCCUCAUCUUUUAUUUAUUUA